AGGGAUAGCGUCUUUGACGUUCUUGCUCUUCUGCUUCAGCCGAGCGGAUCGGGGAGCACAGAGGGAGAGAGAUGCGUCCGAAGCUGGUGCUCUUCGGCGACUCCAUCACCGAGGAGUCCUUUGGGGAGGGCGGGUGGGGAGCCGCUCUCGCCCACCGCUUCUCCCGCAAGGCGGACGUGGUGCUGCGCGGGUACAGUGGCUACAACACGCGGUGGGCGCUCAAGGUGGUGGGACGAGCCAUGGAGGGGGUCUGCCCCGAUGGGGUCGCCCCGCCGGCGGCGGCGACCGUCUUCUUCGGGGCCAACGACGCGACGCUCCCCGACCGCUGCAGCGGCUUCCAGCACGUGCCGUUACCCGAGUACCAGACCAACCUCCGCGCCAUCUGCGCCUAUCUCAGGGAAAGGUGGUCAUCAACUGUUAUAAUCCUCAUUACGCCACCUCCAAUUGAUGAAGAUGGGCGUCUCCGGGAUACUAGUGGAGACAACAGCUCAGGUCUGCCUGAGAGGACCAAUGAGUAUGCUGGUGCUUAUGCAAAGGCAUGUGUAGCCGUUGCUAAUGAAUUGGGGCUCCCAGUGAUAGAUAUCUGGUCAAAAAUGCUGCAAUUUCCAGACUGGGAGAAAUCCUUUCUAAGGGAUGGCUUGCACUUCACUGCUAGUGGCAACAGUGUUUUGUUUGAGGAGGUGGUGAAGAAGCUUGGUGAUGAAGGUCUGAGCCUGGAGGCCCUGCCUGUUGAUCUGCCAGACCUUCUUGACAUGGAUCCCAAUGAUCCUUUGAAGUCAUUUUGUGACUGAGGCUUGCUGUUGCUGCCGCCACCCAUUAAGCCUCUUCAUCCAUGCAACAGAGUGAGUUGUGCUUGAGAAUGAAGGAUUUCACAUGUAUUAUUAGCCAAGGGAAGCAACAAUUGAUAUGAUAAUGUAUCUUUUAAUUGCUCUUGUGGAUUAUGAGAUUAUGAUGAAAUUUGAAUUGAGACUCUUUUAUGA